AUGAUUGGUCUUCCAUUGGAUGAUGCCACUUUUAAAAAGAGAAAAUUCUCAAUUGUUGCUGCAAUAUCAUUUAUUGUCUUUCUCUUUAUUAUCCUUUUUUCAACCAAUUUAUUUGAGUAUUUCAAGAUUGCAAUUACCGCAAUCCCCAAGAAUGAUUCCAAAGUAUGUCCUGUGAGUGAAAUAAUUGCUCCCAAAUCAUUCUAUAAAGAUAAUUCAACGGUUGUUUCCAUUUUAAAUGAUGCAAAUUACAAAGAAAAGUCAAUUAAAAGGGUAUCUGGAGCAAUCCAAAUCGACACUCAAAUCUUCGAUAACCAACCCUCAGUGGAUAAAAGCCCAGAAACAUGGAAGAAAUUUGCCAAGUUUCAUCUGUACUUGCAAAAUACUUUCCCAUUGGUUUAUGAAAACUUGAAUGUGGAAACAGUCAACACUUUUGGAUUGGUUUACACUUGGAAAGGUUCCAACAAGGAUUUGAAACCAAUCUUAUUAGCUGCUCAUCAGGAUACAGUGCCUAUUCAAAAAGAUACGUUGAACAAGUGGACAUAUCCUCCAUUAGAGGGACAUUAUGAUGGUAAGUUCAUAUAUGGACGUGGCGCUGCCGAUUGUAAAAAUGUCUUAAUUGCAAUUUUGGAAACUUUGCAGUUAUUAUUAUCGCAAAACUACAAACCUGAAAGAACAAUAAUUGCAGCAUUUGGUUUUGAUGAAGAAUCAUCAGGCAUACAAGGGGCUAGCCAUAUUGCUAACCAUUUGGAAUCUAAAUGGGGCAAAGAUUCAUUUUAUGCUGUUGUCGAUGAGGGCCCAGGAUUAACCACAGAUACAAUGACUGACACUAUAAUUGCUACUCCUGGCACAGGUGAAAAGGGGUACAUUGAUAUUCUUGUUGAAUUGGAAACCCCCGGUGGUCAUUCAAGUAUUCCACCGGAUCACACGUCGAUUGGUAUUAUAAGUGAAUUGGGUUACUUGAUAGAAAAGGAUCCAUAUAGUCCAGUAUUGACCCCGCGUAAUCCAAUUUUCAACUAUUUCCAAUGUUUAGCAGUUCAUGAUCCAAAAGACAAAAUCCCUAGUUUCUUCAAGAAGAUAAUCAUGAGAUCUGGUUAUGAUAAGUUUGCAAAUGCAAAAUUGAUUGAAAAAAUCUCUCAGAAUAAGUUCUCGAAAUACUUGAUUAGAACAUCACAGGCUUUGGAUAUAAUUAGCGGAGGUGAAAAAGCCAAUGCGUUACCUGAAAACACCAAAUUGUUAGUUAAUCAUCGAAUUGCAAUUGAGUCAAAUAUCGAGUUUGUUAAACAACAGUUCACAGCAAGAGUUAUUGAGGUUGCUAAAAGACACAAUAUCAAGGUAAAGUCAUUUGGUAAGUCAGUGUAUACUCCGGAAGAUUACAAGCAUGGCAGUGGUAAUGGUGGUGGUGGUGAAUUCACCAUUACUGCAACCCACGAAGGAUUAGAAGCGGCGCCAUUAACUCCGACAAAUGACACAGUAUGGCAGUAUCUUUCUGGAGUCACUAGACAUGUUUAUGAAGACCUCGUAUUUACUAAUCUCACGUAUCCUAUUGUUUCGAGUCCCGCUAUCAUGACGGGCAAUACCGAUACUAGGUAUUAUUGGAAUUUAACCAGAAAUAUUUUUAGAUACUCACCAUUUUACGUUGACAGUUUUAUUGGUGGCAUGGGUAUCCAUUCAGUAGAUGAAAAAUUAAACUUUGAUGGUCAUUUGCAAUUACAUGCUUGGUUUUAUGAGUAUUUACAAGCUAUUGAUACUGUCAAAGCUGAUAAUUGA